UCAGAGAGUAGAAUACAUUUGGCCAAGCCUCGCUCAACCUAAAACCCUAAACCCUAAUUCAGGCCUAAGCUAAACCCCGACGUUGCAGAGCUCCUGGAGCUGCUGGGAGGGUCUGAAUGUUGCCGGCAGUCUCGAGAACUGUCUGCUUGUGCAUUGCAUAGAUUCCAGGCGAAGGAUAGAGAUGAAGAGAAAGCAUGGCUCUUCUGGUGGCGAAGGUAGAGGAGGUGGUGGUAGGCGAGGAGGAGGAAGAGGUGGUAGGCGAGGAGGAGGAGGUGGUGGAGGAGGAGGCCGGGGAGGACGCAGGGGAGGAAGCGGAGGGGGAAGAGGUGGAAGACGAGGCGGAGGUCGGGGUGGUGGAGGAGGGGAUCGUAGCAAGAGAGGCCGAAAUCACAUAGAUUACGAACCUCAACCAGAAGUGAAGCCGGCUCAGGCUACUGAGAACAAUGUUGCUAGUGAAGAGGAAGAGGAUGAGGAUGGGGAGAACGGGGAACCUACCAGUGCCUACACAACUCUACUUCAAACUUUACAAGCCACUAAUGAGUCUUUCGCCAAAGCCUACGCUCCACGACGAAAGGAAGAGCAAGGCGCUAGUGAAAGCAGUGAAGAUGACGAAGAUUACGAGGAGCUUGGCAGUGAACUAGAGGGUGAGGAUGGAUCUGAAUUGGGGGAUGAGCUUGAUGGAGGGAUUCCUGAGGAAGAUGGCCAAGAGUCUGUCGGAGUGGAAGAUGACGAUGAGGAGAAUGGAGAUGCAGAAGCAGAUUCCUCUUCAGAGAGCGAAUGGGAAGAGGUGGCUGAUGGUGAAGAAGUUGAGAUGGGAGAGGCAGAAGAAGAGGAUGGUGAUCAAGAUUCAGAUUCAGAAAGACUGUCUAGUGGGGCAGGUGCAGGCACAAGUGAAGAUCCUUUCAAAAAGCAUAUGGAACUGGAUAUUGCUGAUACGAAGAUUGCCGAAUUGGUGGAUGGGAAGGUUAAAUUUAAGACUGAGAUGAAAGUAGCAGGCCUUCCGAAGGGAACAUGGUUGACCAAUACGUCCACUUUUCCAAAGGUAGAAAAGGAAUUGAAAAACUGUGCAUUAAAAGAGCGGCUUCUUAAACAUUGGCAAGGGCAAAUCAAGCAUAAACAGUUUGGUGACUUUCGUACAGAAGGACAAGCUCAGUUCUUUUCUUUCUGCAACAAUUAUGAAGACAUUAUGCUCACAUUGAGAUGUGGAAUUCAGGGUACCGUGGCCUCCAACGAGGAGCACGAAACCUACGUUGAUGCAUAUGUGCUGCAUGUUCUGAAUCACGUCCUAAAGACAAGGGACCUUGUUACUAAAAACAACGAAAAGUUACAGCGUCAACAAACGGCUUUAAACGAGAAUGGAAAAAGGGGCGCUGAUUUCAUAGACCCUCCUCGUGAUCAGGGCUUUACUCGUCCAAAGGUGCUGAUGUUGUUGCCAAUGCGAAGCACUGCAUUGAAACUUGUGAAGAAGUUGAUUGAAUUGGCUCCUAAGGCUCAAACGGUUGAUAUCGAACAUAAAGCUCGGUUCUUUGAUGACUUCGGAGCAGAGGACGAUGAAGAAGAUCAAGUGUUGAUAGAAGAAGGACAAGAAGGUAGUAAUGAAUAUACGGGUGGGAAACCAGCGGAUUUUAAGGCCCUUUUCAGCGGCAACAAUGAUGACCACUUCCGUAUCGGUAUCAAAUUUACAAGAAAGAGCAUCAAGCUUUACAGUGAUUUCUAUUCAUCUGACAUCAUUGUCGCCUCACCCCUUGGUCUUAUCACACAAAUCGGCGAAGCAGAAAGUUCCAAGAAAGACAAUAGUAAGGAUGUUGAUUUCCUUUCUUCAAUUGAGAUUGUUGUGAUGGAUUACACGGAUGUUAUUCUGAUGCAGAACUGGAUGCAUGUCUUGACUUUGUUUGAUCAUCUGAAUCGGAUACCCCAAUCGCAGCACGGUACCGAUUUCAUGCGCAUCAGAGAAUGGUGCUUGAAUGGACAUUCUCGACAUUAUCGACAGACCAUGAUUCUAUCAGCAUUCCCUGAUGCAAAGAUCAAUGCGCUAUUCCAUCGUAGUUGUGUUAAUCAUGCUGGAAAGGUUAAGUUGCGUAUGGAGUACCCAGGAAUACUUUCAAAAGUAAUGUUGAAAAUUCGCCAGGUCUACGAAAGGAUUGAUUGCAAGGCCAUUUCAGAAGUCGAUGAUGCUCGUUUUGAAUAUUUCACCAAGCAGGUGUUUCCAAGAAUCAAAGGUUCUCAUCAGGGUGGAAUACUACUGUUUGCUAGUUCCUUCGAUUUCGUGCGGCUUCGAAACUUCUUAAAGUCUCAAGAAUGCUCAUUCUGCUUGCUGAACGAGUACACAAAGCAAAGUGAUAUUUCUCGAAGCCGUUCAUGGUUUUUUCAUCGGAAGAGGGAUAUUAUGCUUUAUACGGAGCGUGCUCAUUUCUAUCAUCGUUACAAGAUAAGGGGCAUUCGAGAGCUUAUUUUCUACUCGCUUCCGGAUCAUGCACAAUUUUAUUGUGAGAUAUCCAACCUUUUGGAGGGAUUCUCAUCGUGUACCGUAUUAUUCUCCAAACUUGAUAAGAUCCAACUAGAGCGCAUUGUAGGCUCUACAUACGCUGAGCGGAUGCUUAAAUCUAAACAGAGUAUAUUCACUUUCAUGUGAAUGAAGAACGUUGUGCAGAACAAGUUCAUCGAGAAUCCAAGUGGCUUUAGAAAGUGAAAUGUCCUUUGCAGAUGUCACCUUUAUAAUUUCCCCCUAAAUUAGUCAUUCUAACAUAAAUCAUUGAGAAACAUUCUUCUGAACAAUGUUGAAACUCCAGCCAUUCUCAGUUCUAGUUUGUGAUACUGAGUUGUGGCAUACUCAGGUUAGAUAGUUAUCCAGUUCUUUAAUGAAGCGGAAGGAUGGCAAAGCUGUGGGUUGUGACAGACAGUGCAGUGAUUUAGUCACGAAGUAAAUGUAACUCUAACUGCAUGUCUAGUAGACUUCACUCUCAAUGCUGUUUCUCUUGUGUAUUGUCUUCCCAUAGCUAGUAGUUUAAUUCGUGCGAAUGGGUGACAAGCGGAAUAGGGAGGGGGAUUGUGUGUUGAGUAUAUUGGGAAUGCAAAAAGGUGAGCGUGUAUGCGUCACUUGACCACCCCUUGUGUGGAUUUCUUAAUUUACACCUUUGUUGCCCCUU